GUGUCUCAAAGCUGGCAAUGGGGGGCCCUGGACAACCAGCAGGGCCGGUGAGGCCUUCGCAUGCAACCUUUCCGGUUUCAACGUGCGCCAGAGAAAGACGAUGAUAGUGAGGAGCUGGCCCCUCCUCAGAUCAGUGCGGAGGAUGCUGCCAAGCUUAUCCAAACCCACUGGAGGAAAGCUGGCCGCUAUCGGAGCCGAACGCGCUCGAAGACAUUGGAUGCCAUGGAGAAUGUUAGAACCUUCAGAAUGGCACCCGCAGAUGCAGAGAGGCCAUUCUACACUCAUACACUUGGUCUUACCUUCGUCUCACAUACUCAGAAUCGAAUGGUGGAGGAAACAAGGCCUCCAGCCGAGAAGAUUUUUCUCCUACUGAGUGACCCGAACAGCUCUUCAGCAGCUCAGUUCGUGUCAAUUGUGAUUAUCACCUUUACGGUUAUUUCAAUAUGUGGCUUUGUUCUGGAAACAGAUCGGGGGCUAUACGAAAUGAGUCCAGAUUUUUGGCUCGGCUUGGAGGUGGUAUGUACUGCAGUCUUUACAGCUGAGUACCUAACGCUUUCAUUGACGUGCCGUGCCGCCGGCAUCCCUUUAGUCAGCUUCGUUCUUGCACCCAGAAGUAUAGCUGAGCUUGUGGCUUUGCUUCCAUUCUAUGUAGAGGUCAUUUUGCGUUCUGCGGGGUUCACAAACACUGCAGCCCUGAAAGCUUUUAGAGUUGUCCGGCUCAUACGCGUGCUCAGAGUCUUCAGACUAGGCCGGUAUGCUGCUGGGCUACAAAUUAUGUGGAAGGCAGUGGUGGAUUCCAGGCAAGCCAUCUCGGUGUUGCUGUUCCUUCUAUGUACUGGAGUGGUGAUGUUCUCAAGCACUCUUUAUUACCUGGAAAGGCUCAGCUGUCCGCUGCGUGAGCAGAUGACGACGACUGAGCUGGCCACUUACUUAAGUGAGUGUUCGGAUCUCUUCAAUCGUGGAGUGUCUCCAGCUCACGGUCUCUGCUGCACAGAGGACAAUUCACCCAAUGACUUUCCUAGCAUCAUUGCGGCCUGCUGGUGGGCGGUCGUAACCUUGACUUCAUUAGGAUACGGAGACCUGUACCCCAAGACGGUGCAGGGCAAAUGCGUAGGAAUGCUGGCAAUGAUCGCUGGUUUGCUGCUCAUAGCGCUGCCAAUUGCCAUCAUUAGCCAGAAAUUCCAGGAUAUCUACGAGGUCAAUGACAAGGAAGAAGCGAAAAACCGAGCGGCGCAAAGGAUGCGAGGUGCUCCGCAUGAAACUUGGACCCUGAUACCAGGAUCUGAUGUUAUACGUCGGCUCAAGGGUCUCGCCGUCAAGGACGAUGAAGCCAGAGAAGCCAUCCAAAGUAUGGUCAGGUCUUUGGAGGAGAUCUGGGAACUUCGCGAAGCUCUGGGUCGGGAGCGCAAGUAUGCGCUGGCACAGACCACUCGCUUCCACAAAGGCUUUGACAAGCUGCUGAUGGGCAUGAUGGCAGAGAACUCGUAGACCUGGACGUUUUAAUGACCGUCCAAUGUCAACCUGCUUCCCCCUGUGGGGGUCUCACAUUGGGCGAUUCUUUACACAGAUGGGAAGAGCUUCAAAUGCAGCUAGAGAAAAAACGGGCUCUACUUUGGGCAACGGCAAAGUUUGCACUCAGUUUCUACGGUCCUGGUUUCUUUCCGCAACCAAAAGUCACUUUAUCUACGCCUCUUUGAGGUCCCUUUAUCGGUU